AAAGAAGCUAUUUUUGGUUGAAAGGCGUGCAGUGUGACUGAAGUAUCUUGGAACCAGAAAGGAGGAACGGCAAGCUUAGAGUCCAAUCUUCCUCGCACUAUUCAUCCCAGUUAGCUAUACCCUGGAUCUUGGCCAUUGUUGAUCUGUUAUGAACGGCACAAAUGGCACCAUCAAGAAUAAUAGUUGGGAAGAGGAGGAUAAAGUGGUUGAAGCAUGUGCGGCAACAAUUCUCUAUCGAAAGCGAAGAAAUGCGCGAUUACUUCCGUCCACUCCGAAGCUUGCUGCGCUGAUGAAGACGAAUCAGCUUUGUCGCUUGCAACAGAUGAUGAGACAGUUGAUACCAGCAGAAGGUCUUCGUCCUGGUCGCGGAGACGAGAAUGUUUUUGACCCUGACGAGUUCGAGAUCUUCAUUUACAACCCGUUCCGAGACAGCUCUCAGCGACGUUACCGGUUGUAUCGUGACAUCUCCAAGGGAGCGGAGGUUUUUCCUGUGCAAGUCUUCUCGGACACUGAAGACUAUUCAAAGCCGGAACCUUUUGAAUACAUACAAUCAAACGACUACUCUUUAUACAAAAGGGAUGCUUUGAGCAAACGAGAAAAGCCUUUGUUCAAGGUUAGAUGUGACUGCGUUGAUCUGAUUUGUGGUGAUGACUGCGCUUGUCGACUGAUGAAUGAUAGUCUUACUGUUUGUACGAUUACGGGUGAUGGACGGGUUUUUCACAAUUCUGACGCUACGUUCUUCAACAUGCUGAUUGUGGGAUGUGGGAAAAAAUGCGCUUGUAAAGGCCAAUGUAGGAAUACGCUGACCGCGACGUCUUUGCCCGCGCCGUUUAAAUUUGAAGUUUUCCGCAGGAAUGACGAAGUCGGGUUUGGCCUGCGCACUUUAAGUAACAUACCCCAAGGUUGCGCAGUUGUGGAGUUUUGCGGAGAGAUUCUUGAUGAGAAACAAAUGGCUUUGCGAGGUGCAGAGUCAAUUAACUAUGCGUUCUGCCUUCAGUCCUAUGAGGAGAAUGAAAUGUUUCAAAGGCUUGCCGCCGUAAGAAACGUAAAAUGUGAAGCCUUUAGCGCAUGGGAUAAUGUCGCCUUCAUUGACCCGAAGAGGAAAGGCAAUAUUGCCCGUUUUAUAUCGCAUGGAUGUUUUCCCAAUCUUAUCAUGUUGAGAUAUGCCGAAAACGACCUUCGACUUAGCCGUUCUCGAGCAGUUUUGUUCGCCUCUCAACCUAUUUUGGGAGGAUCAGAACUGUUUUUUGACUACGGAAACCAGUAUCUGUCUCGAGCUGGUUUCAGCUGUCAGUGUGGAACGAUGUGGUGUGAUUCGGUUAGAAAGCUGUGGCGCUCGCCGUUCCCUACUCAGGAAGAGAUGACGAGAAAGGCGUUAGCUUACUUCGCCUAUAUCGAGGAACGCAUUUCUGACUAUGAUGUGAGAGCAAAGAAGUUCCUCAGGGGAAUUGGAAAGAUAAAACCAGAAUAUGAUGACCUUGACGAAGUGGCUACUGUCAUCCACGGAAGUCCGUCCUCUGUGUCACGGAUUGACCCUGCCUGCGUCCAUAAACGGGAUGGGGAAGAGAUGCCUGUUAUCUGUUACAACUUCUACUGCAAGAACCUUGAAAAAUGCACAUGUAAAGCGUUACAAAACGUUGUUACAACAAUCACGUUGGAAUGAGUUUUCGUUUGGAAGCGUUUGAACUGCAAAGUUUGACAAGAAAUACAGCGGCGAAGCCUCAAUCUUCAGCAAAAUUUUAUCUAAUAUCACUAAGAUUGAUGCUACUAUAAUCUUAACUUAUGACAAGAUAUUGACAUAACAUUUCAAUGUACCAAAUUUUGGCGUCAUUCAUCUAACCUAUUCUUUUUCGGUCACACAGUUUGUUUAUAGUCCUUUUGUCCUUUUUAGAUCACACUUGCCUUUCUUGCAUCACCGUAUGCACUUGAAGUUACCUACUGUGAUUCGCAGCAGUACAAAUCGUGUAAUCCCUUGUCAUUCACCCUGCGUUUUGUAUACGGGAUAAAGUUUGUGUUUCA